CUCACUGUGACUGGACGCAUCAGCAGAAACCUGUCAGUCUCUGCUUCUGCUUCUCGGAUCAUUGUCACCAUGCGGGGCCGCAGAGGCGCACCUGGAUCAGACGAGGACUACUCCUUUGUCAGUCCGGUUGUCAAGUACCUACUGUUCUUGUUUAAUUUUAUAUUUUGGAUAAUCUCGCUGGUGAUGGUGGCCAUUGGCGUUUACGCCCGCAUGAUGAAACAUGCAGAGGCAGCUCUCGCAUGUCUGGCAGUGGACCCCGCUAUAAUGCUGAUGGUCGUGGGGUUCCUCAUGUUCAUCAUCACCUUCUGUGGCUGCGUGGGCUCCCUGAGAGAAAACAUCUGCCUUCUGCAGACAUUCUGUAUCUGUCUGACAGUGAUCUUCAUGCUCCAGCUGACUGCUGGGAUACUGGGCUUCGUCUUCUCUGAUAAGGCUCGGAAUAGAGUGACAUUGAUGAUCAAUAACACCAUUGUCCACUACCGAGAGGACAUCGAUCUGCAAAACCUCAUUGACUUUGGUCAGAAAGAGUUUGGCUGCUGUGGUGGUGUGACGUACACGGACUGGUCCCAGAACAUGUACUUCAACUGCAAGCAGGACAACCCCAGCAGAGAACGCUGCUCUGUGCCCUUCUCCUGCUGUAUCCUACCCAAAGACGAGCAUGUUAUCAACACCAUGUGUGGCCAGGGCAUGCAGGAAUUAGAGUAUGUUCAAGCAUCAGACCACAUCUACACCAAUGGCUGCAUAGACAAACUGGUGAACUGGAUCCACAGUAACCUGUUCCUACUGGGAGGCAUCGCCCUGGGACUGGCCAUACCACAGCUUGUUGGGCUCCUCUUGUCUCAGAUUAUGAUCAACCAGAUCAAAGACCAGAUCGAGCUCCAGAACUACAACCUCAAGCACCGCUCCGACCCGUGGAGCUGAUCCAGACCGGAUCAGACCAGACUCUGAUGAGCAGCGGCAGAGAAACGGUGACAGUUAGCAGGGAUCCGCGAAGCUUCUGAAGAACCCAGUCAUCUCUGCCUGUAUUUAGCAUUCAGUACCAUUGCUCUUGGACUUACAGCAUGUGGCCUUACAAAUAAUGUGCUUUCAAAUACUUGCCAUGGAAGUGGAGGUCAAAAGAAAUGUAUGGAGAAACAGGACUCUGUUGCCACCUACUGGACAUAGACCAUGCUUGAAUUUACCAAACUAUAGACAUUUCUUGAGGAGGGUAUUUGGUGGUCAGGGUCAUAUUGACCUUCACUUUAGACCUGCAAUCAGUGUAAUCUAUUACAAUUCAUUGUUUUUGUCAAAGAAACCAAACAGGAGUGGGAGUUGAUGCAUAUGUAUUUUCAUUGUUUCAACAUUACCCAUGAUGGGGCAAAUAUAAACUACCCAAAAAGGGACAUGCAUUUUCUUACAUAUAUAGAUUUUAUAGAUUUUUAAAUGUAAUAAAGGAAUGUCAGUCUUA